GACCGAGUGCGUGGCCGAGCAGCCCACGCCCCUCGAGGUCAUCGCCAUCGACCACCUCCCGUCCCUCGUGCCCCGCAAGGAGUUCGGCGAUCUCAUCGUGGAGCACAUCCUCCAGUUCGAUCAGACGCCCGUGUGGAGCCGAGCGCUGAAGUUGUUCGACGAAAAGGUGCAGCCCUUCCUGCCCCCGUCCCCGAGAGCCGCGGCAUGAGCCGUGAGCUACCAACCUUUACAUGGCCACACAAAAUACAUGAAAUACGGGCGAAAUUACGACGAUAUUAUGCUCGAGACCAGAUCAGUGGGACGCCCCCUGCGCUAGCUGUGGCGUAG